AUGCCUGUGAAAGAAAUAUUCUAUAGUGAAACAUAUAAAGAUGAUAUGUAUGAAUAUCGACAUGUUAUUUUACCACCUGAACAAGCACAAUUAGUACCACGAACACAUUUAUUAACUGAAACUGAAUGGCGAAAUUUAGGAUUACAAAUGUCAGCUGGAUGGGUACAUUUUAUGUUACAUAAUCCAGAGCCACAUGUUUUACUUUUUCGUCGGCCAUUAAAAUCAACUUGA